CAACGCGUCGUUGUACGGAUUUGAUGUUCCAUUUCCGCCGUACAGGAGCUGAGUGACCGGGUCCAGGGGGCAGGCUGGCUGGCCGCGCGUUACCCCUCCUGCUCUGGGGGUCUCUAGGUGCUGAGCUGGAGUGGAGCAGCCGGUGACCGGCCAGCUUCUACAGACAUUGAUAGGCAAUGGAUACGAUAUCUUCUAAAGACAAUAUUACUCACAAUGUCAUUGUAAAUUAUACCGGUAACUCAAUGGAACUACUAAAUGGAAAUAGAUCCUCCUCUAACUCUGAUACUUUGGACCUAAGUAAGAAAAAACUACAUUAUCUGAGUGAAGACCUUUACAGAGAUACCCCCGAUAUAAAGAAUCUACACCUUGAAGGGAAUGCGCUGUGCUCUCUUCCUGACGGUCUCUUCCUACAUCUGCCAUACCUUGUUUGGUUGGAUCUCCGGUACAAUGAAAUCACAAGUCUUCCAGUGACAAUUGGCAAGCACAGGCAGCUAAAAUAUCUUCUUCUUGAAGGAAACCCAAUAAAGACGCUUCCUAUAGAGCUUGGUGACCUGUCUACACUCAAAGCCUUAAAUCUCAGACAUUGCCCACUUGAGUUUCCCCCGGAAGAUAUUGUGAGUAAAGGGCUUGACUCCAUCUUAUCAUUUCUGCGUAGUGCCCAGAGGGGCUAUCCUGUAUGUUCUACACCUCGUGAGUCAGUAGAGCUUCCUCCUGUGGAAAAACUGAACCUGAAAGAGCUGAUGAAGUCCAGCCUGGACCUCUCAGACGACUGGUCAACCAAGGAAGAAAUGAAGCAGUUUGAGAUGCUACGAAACAAAAUUAAAGAGAAAGAAAUGGAGGAGAUGUUUCAAGUAGGACCCCUUCACUUUCACAGUAAACCCCAGAAAGUGCUGGGACCAGUACGGAGACAAGCAAUAACCAUGGAGAGAAGAAAAUCAGAAGAGAAGGAAAGGCUUGCCGCCAUCUAUCAGAAGCAAAGAAAUCAAGAAAUUCUUAAAGACUGGCAGAAGCAGACGCAAGACCAGAAAGCAAAAACCAGGAAAAGAACAGAGAGCCUACAAGAGGUGCCCAUUGCCGUUCCCCCGUAUGCCACAGAUCUGGAUCCAUCCCAGAGCAAGAAUAGCUGGGACAAGCAAAGGACUCUUGUAGUCGAAAAACAGGAAAUGAUGCCAAGGGUCAUGUCAGAGAAAUCAUUGAAAGAAGCGGAGAAGGCAAGAGCCUCCAGAGACCGCAGGCUGGAAGACCGCAUCAAGCAGCACAUGCAGGAUAUGCAAGAGAGGAAGAGGAACCCCCAGCGCUCAGCGCAGGAGGAAGUGGAGGCAGCACAGAAGGACCUCGAGAUGGCCUCGUUGCUGCAAGCAGAAAUAUUACGGAGGCGACAAGAACAAGAUACCUCCCUGGAAUACAGAUUUACCGCCUUCACGGGGGACGUAUCCCCCAGCGCUGCACCAAGGGGACGGCCAAACAACAUCUUUGCGAUGAACGUUAUAUGAACGCUCUGGCCUGGCUUACAGUAUUUCAAAAAAUUUAACUCUGAUUAGAGAUUUCAUACCCACGGCUCAUCCACUUCAGAUAUAACGAAUAUUUUUAAGAGUUUUAAAUACUGUUGUUUUCUGUGUGUCCAGCAUGUACUAAAGUUUUACAUUUCUAGUGUAGCCUUUCUGGCAGAACUUGAAUUUGUAUCUCUCAAUAAAUGCUUUUGUACAGUAUAA